CGAUUUAGGGUCGGUUUCCGUUUCUUUGCGCAAGAAUUUUUACGUGGAUAUGAGUUGGGAGUACCACGUCCUACAAUUUGCUAGCGUUAGGGCACUCCCUACUCGAGCAUCGCAGACAAGGGUGGAGUAGACCGGAAGUAAGUUUAAAGAAGGAAGAAUCGAGAUUGUGAAGGAGCGAGUUGCCGGAGAGAGGGAGAGAGAACGAAUCGCGCACUACAAUUUUAACUUUUUACAAUUUAUUCGCUGGUUUGCGACCUUGGCUUAUUGCACAGGACGUUAGAUCUGAACCAGCUUUCAUCACAUUCCAAUCACAGGAGCGACUGGACUGAGCUAAGUAACUGGUGGACUAGCAAGCGUCAAAAGUUUAAAAUACAUCAAGAUCAUUUUAGUUUGUUAGCAAGCUAGCUGUUCCAGUUUAGUUGCGACUUCAGGAACCCAAGACACUAAAUUAGUGGCAAUUAAGAUUUGCAACCAAAGGGAGUUUGAAUUGACGCCUAGUAAGCAAAUUUACAGAAAAUGCGCUUCACGUGCAUGGCUGACUAGGCGAAGGUUUGGAAUUUUAGCAAUCAGCCAGACCUCAGUGAAGAGGCACUGUCUGAUUUAUAUAGCUAGUCCAACAAGAUAGCCAACUUGCGACAUUGCUAAACUCUACGCGUGGACGGCUAGCAAGGUAGCUAGCCAAUUCAAAAUAGCAUCUGCUGGUUUGCUUAACGCAUCAAUAUCCAGCAGAGCGAGCUAGCUAAUUACUAGUUUGAGUUUGCAAGGUGGCAGCUAUUUGUGUUACACUGGUUAUUUGAUUGCCUUCGGCGUUUUCUUGCAUAGAAAGCUUGGCGAGAAACGUGCCGACUAGUUAGUCAGCUGGUUAAUAAUUCCGUUUAAGGACCAAAUCACCCACAAAACGCGACAAUGGCCGGGGCGAACAGUAUCGAUGCCGUGAAGAGAAAGAUCAAAGUUCUGCAGCAACAGGCGGACGAAGCCGAGGAGAGAGCGUCGAUCCUGCAGAGGCAAGUCGAAGAGGAGAAGCAAGCAAGGGAACAGGCUGAGGCGGAGGUAGCAUCCCUGAACCGGCGCAUCCAGCUGGUGGAGGAGGAGCUGGACCGGGCCCAGGAGAGGCUGGCCACUGCCCUGCAGAAGCUGGAGGAGGCCGAGAAGGCGGCCGAUGAGAGCGAGAGGGGUAUGAAGGUGAUUGAGAACAGGGCCCUGAAGGAUGAGGAGAAGAUGGAGAUGCAGGAGAUCCAGCUUAAAGAGGCCAAACACAUUGCUGAGGAAGCCGAUCGCAAGUACGAGGAGGUGGCUCGUAAGCUGGUGAUCAUUGAGGGAGAUCUGGAGCGUACGGAGGAGAGAGCUGAGCUGGCCGAAGCCAAAGUGCGUGAAAUGGAGGAGCAGCUGAGGAGUUUUGACCAAUCUCUGAAGAGUCUGCAAGCCUCAGAAGAAAAGUACUCCCAGAAGGAGGACAAGUAUGAAGAGGAGAUCAAGAUCCUGACUGACAAACUCAAAGAGGCUGAGACCCGUGCUGAGUUUGCUGAGAGAUCAGUGGCGAAGCUGGAGAAGACCAUUGAUGACCUAGAAGAGAAGCUGGCCUUUGCCAAGGAGGAAAACAUCAAGAUCCACGCCACUCUGGACCAGACCUUGCAGGACCUCAACAACUUCUGAUCUGCCCCCCGGCUCACCCCACACUCCUUUUCCCCCCUUUCUCUCUCUCUGCUCGGUCAGGGUGUUGGGGUAGGAUGUGGCUUGGGUGGGGGACUCUGAAUUAAAUCCUGGCUUUACACACAUUCCAUGUCCAAAGUCCCCCUCACCCCCAUAGCCCACAUUUUGUCGCUGGCCUGUCCUUGUCUGUGAGGCUCUGUGUCAGUAACACAAUACUAAAGCGCCAAUGUCCCCUGCUCCAUAGCUGGCCAAGGCGUGCACUGAUUGCUGUGUAACUGAGGCCAGUUUUGAUCACCACUCAACUGAUUUAUCAUUACCGAGGAUUCCUCCUUGAUUUUGCUGUCCAUGGUUUGACUUUCAGUGUUGUCACUUGGGUAGGACUUGGUGGAGUGGCUCAGGAAUUUUCUGCACAUUUCAUUCUAAUGGGUCUGUGAUGAACUGAAGGGACAGAGAACUUGGAGAGGAUGCUCUUAACUAAAUUUUGAUUUUUCCAGUUGUGUCGGACAAACAUCUGCAAAUGGGGCUCUCCCAACUAUCCUUCCACCACAUUUUCCCCCACUCCCUUGCUAUGCACACUUUCCUCACCUCCUCACUUUAUGCACUCUUUAAUUCAGCUGAGUACAUUUCUGUGCCAGUGUAGUUUGGGACCACAUCUAUGUAAGCAUAGUUCUGUGUGUUCAUGGAAUGGGUAUGAAUUUGGACCAUAUAUCUGGUUCCUGUAAGGGAGAUUUUUUUUUGUACUUUCUUUGUAUUAGCAUGAUUUUUUUUCAUAUUUUUUGUUUUCUUUUGAGCUGUACUCCAAAAAGGGCCAGAAUACUGUACAAAUUUUUUGAACAGUUUACAUUAUUUUGGAUUGAUCUUCCACUUAUGAAGAGGGUGAGGCAUAGGGCAUGGGUGAUUUUAGUGAACCAAAAGUGAGGAUCAGGUAUAUUUUAAAAAAAUGAGAAUUUGAUUGGUAUAUAUAUAUUUUUUUACCCAGUUACAGCCAUUUUCUGGCAUCUGAUUAGAGAUCACACAUGGGGUGGGGUUAGUAGGGGAAGGCUGUCAAAACCAGUCAUUGCUAAUUCCACAGCCAAAAGUAAAGGGGCCAAUUCAGAUGGAGGGUGAAAACAGGUAUCAUGUACACAUGUCUUUUUUGAUGUAGUGCGAGAAACAUUUUUACAGCAAAUAAUAAAAAGCUUAAAACUAAUGGAACAAAUAAAAGAUUAUGAUGAACAUAAUAAAAUCUUAAACUGGAA